UCACUUUUGAUUAAAUCGAAACCAGCAUUUAUUUCUGUUUCCAUUUCUCUUUCUUUAUUAAUGAGCUGCUCCAUGAUUCACUCAGCAGCUCUUUUCACUUGCACCACACUCUACUAAGUAUUACUACAGCUACCAGUUUAUAAUUCAUUGUUCAUCUCUUUAUACAACAUUUCUAGUUUGAAAUGUCUCGGUUUUUUUCUCUUUAAUGUUCAUGGGAGAAGUGUUAGCUUAGGUGCUUGAAUUUUGUUGAUCGUUUUGGUGGUUUGUUGGUCUUGUUCUUGUGGUGGAGAAUUAGUGAGAAGAAGAGAUGGGGAGGACACCAUGUUGUGAGAAGAAGGGGCUGAAGAAAGGGCCAUGGACACCUGAAGAAGAUGAGAUUCUUGUGGAGUAUAUUAAGAAGAAUGGCCAUGGAAGCUGGCGUUCUCUUCCUAAGUUAGCAGGCCUUCUUCGCUGCGGAAAAAGUUGCCGGCUACGGUGGACGAACUAUCUCAGACCAGAUAUAAAAAGGGGUCCUUUUACUACUGAGGAAGAGAAACUUGUCAUUCAACUCCAUGGAAUCCUUGGAAACAGGUGGGCUGCCAUUGCCUCUCAACUACCAGGCAGAACUGACAAUGAGAUAAAGAACUUAUGGAACACUCACCUCAGAAAACGCCUCCUUUGCAUGGGACUGGAUCCCCAGACUCACGAACCAUUUACAUCCUCUGGACCAUCCAUAACCGCACCUGCAUCGCCCUCUACUCGCCAUAUGGCUCAAUGGGAGAGUGCGCGGCUCGAAGCUGAGGCUAGGCUUUCAAGAGAAUCCUCACUCUUCACUCAACCUACUCAACCAACUUCAAGCAAAACUGAUUCAGAUUACUUUCUACGAAUCUGGAACUCGGAAAUUGGAGAAUCCUUCCGAAAAUUCCAUCCCGGAGAUAAGACAAACUGUCCAAGUCCCGUUUCAGCUUCUCAGGCAUCUUCAUCAACAAAAUGUGGAUCAUUUUCAGCUGAUAUUAGUCCAAACGUAGCAGGUUCUUCUACAACAGCAAGCUAUCAAAUGGAAGAUAAUGACUGCAAAAGCUGUAAAUCUUACACUGAAGAUAUGAACGCUGCCUCCGAAGAAGAAUCGAGUUCUAUCGAGUUGGAGGACGAUUCAUCAGACUCAGCAUUACAGCUUCUGUUGGAUUUCCCCAUUAACAAUGAUAUGAGUUUCUUGGGAGGAAACUUUGAUGAUUAUGCUAUAUGAAAAGCUACCCAUCUUUUGCUUGAAUUUUGAGCUACUCUUUUAGAGUACUGCAAGCUGCUAGUAGUUGGUGUAAAAUCUAACCAAAACUUACCAAGCUUGCUUAUCUUAGAUUAUUUUUUGGCUUGCUGAUAAUCAGCAUUUUGCAGUCUCGAUUAUCGGAGAGGCGUUAAGUAUAAAUAUACGGUAUGUAUUCUUUGUAACGUAAUUCAUUCAGGUAAUGCUGUAAUAUAUCUUGUUUCCGCUACACAAUGCUAUAUAUCUUUUUAUUUUUAUUAUUAA